AUGGAAAAACGUAUGAGCACAACGAGGUUAUAUCCUAGGUCAGAUUCAGCCAUCGACAUAAAAGCGCGAAAACGUGUUGCAGAACUUUAUAAAUUAACUGAUGAAAUAACCAAUGCUUCUAAUGAAAUAAAUGGAAUAUAUGCCAAUAAAAUCUAUCGAAAAUAUAGACGGUUAUUAGCAG